GCUCCGUCUCUGAAGUCGCAGGAGCAGAGAGAGAAAGAGGAGCAGUGGAGAUGCGAAAUGGUGUGUAGCUUUGAGAGUUGACGCGGAGGCAGAAAAUGAAGAAGAAGUGGUGUAAAAUGAAAUGGGUUGGUCUUCUGUUCCUGUGCUGCUUAUCAGCGUCUCUGCAAUUUUGUAUUGUUUCUUCAACUUCAUCUCCUCAGCCUUUGCUAACAAAUCAGGGUCAUCAAGAAUCUGCAACCUCAAGAACUUUGAAGCAAGAGCUGGGAGAUCCACCUGAGGUACAUUGUUCUAGAGAAAGGAGUAGGGCAGCAUGGAAAAUAAUUCAGGAGUACUUGAUGCCCUUUGUAGAGAAAGAGCGGUAUCAGAUUCCAAAAACAUGUAAGCUACACCCUAGCAAUGACCUGUACAGAGAUCAGGAAGAGCACAAAAGCCUUGUAGAAUUAAACGAUUGGCAAUGUGGAUAUUGUAAGAAAAGAUUUUAUGACGAGAAAUUUCUUGAUAAGCAUUUUGACAACAGGCACUACAAUUUGCUGAAUGUGAGUCAUAGCUGGUGCUUGGCAAAUGUUUGUGGUGCAUUGCAUUGUGACCUCGCAAUGGAUUCUGUACCACACAAAAAGACUAAGUGCAAUCCUGCUGCUGCUGCGCGGAACAAACAUCUGUGUGAGGGUCUAGCUGAUAGUUGUUUUCCAGUCAGUAAUGGUCCUUCAGCAAGCCGUCUUCAUGAGUUCUUCUUGCGUCAAUUCUGUGAUGCCCACACUUGCACUGGAGGUCGAAAACCUUUCUCUCGAGGCCGCAGGAAGAAGAGGAGUAGUAUAUCCUACCUUGUUAUUUCCAUUCUGACUAUGCUGCUGCUGCUGCUUUUCUAUUCUUACAUUUACAUGUAUACAAGGGGAGUGAAAAGAGGAACUCAAGAACUGAAGCGUGUCACACAAAGUGGAAGGAAGAAAAAGCCCAUUUAGUUACAAGUUUUUCAUAGAAAAGCAACAUAGACAGAGAAAGAGAGAGUAUGCAUUCCAUCAUAGUCACGAAAGGAAAAAGCUGUGUUGUUCCAUUCUUUUUGUAAUUUGAAUUUUAACCAUUAUUCCAGUGUAGAGGAAGAACAAAUUUUUGUUUUUUGGAAUGUGAAUGACUAAAAUUUGUGAAUUAAUGAAGAUUUAGUCAAACA